AUUCGAGUGCUGAUUACGACAAACAGUACGGUAACAGUAGCCGUUGCUUUUGAACCAAAGGCUUGUUGUACGUCUACCAUGGAGAACGACACACAAAGUAGAGAUUCUCAAAGCACGAUAUGGACGAUGCAGAAGGGUACAACCACGAUGUUCAUCGCGGAGGUGGUGGGUACUGGGAUACUUUUGUUCAUCGGUUGCAUGGGUUCCAUUGGAACCAUGGGAACAAUACUGCCGCCACCAUUACAAUCGUCUAUGGCGUUCGGUAUGACUGUCAACCUUUUGAUUAUGAUGUUGGGUCAUGUAAGCGGUGCACAUUUGAACCCAGCUGUCACGAUUGGGGCAGUGAUCGUUGGGCUUAAAACCAUACCAACGGGAAUUAUUUACGUAAUAGCUCAAUUCAUAGGUGCCACUGCUGGAUACGGAUUAUUAAUGAUGAUAACUCCACCCGAGUUGUUGUACGAUGGAGUGUCAAAUAAGAGUAUAGGACAUUGUGUGACAGUCGUUCAUCCAGGAAUCAGCACUGCGCAAGCAAUUUUGAUUGAAAUCCUCUGUACGUCGUUCAUACUUUGCGCAGCUUGUGCAACUUGGGACAAAAGAUGCGCGCAUCAAACAGAUUCAACAGCGAUUAGGUUCGGUUUCUCCGUUGUUGGGAUCUCACUCGCAGCGAGUCCCUACACUGGUUGCAGUAUGAAUCCUGCGCGUACCUUUGGUCCUGCAUUCUGGAACGGAAACUGGACUAAUCAAUGGAUUUACUGGUUCGGACCGACUGCAGGCGCAUUACUCGGAACGUACACCUAUCAGAUAUUUUUUGCGGAAAAAGAAAGGGAUAGAAUUGGUGUUCGUCUCGAUUUCAUGGAAUUGAAAGCGAUUACGACACCGCAAUGUGACGACGAUAUUCAUUCGAAAAAAAAUAAUGUUAGAAGCGAGAAACUCGAAUUAGUGCGGGACGAAGAUGACAACGCCGCAUGAUUAUCGUUAAAGGUAUGAUCACCAUCUUUAUCAUCCACUAGUAAAGGUCUUCCAUGAUGUAUCGAGUAGUUUACGACGCCGCCAGAGAUGGCGUUGCACCCUGCAAAAUGGCGCGACUUUUAUUUCUCUUCUAUUACAUUUGUCAGUUGCUUUCAAUUCAUUUCCUCUACGUUCUACUAUUUUUAAAAUAUGAACAUUUAAUUAUGCUUCUCUGUUACUAUUUAAUUUUAGCUCAUAUAAGUAGCACAAUGAUUACUUUUAUUCAAAGUAUUUAAUGUUUAUUGACAAUGUGACUUAGAAAAAUUGUGUAUAUUUAAGUGAUAAUUUGUAUUUAUGAGAAUAUAAUUUAUGAAAAUAUAUGUAUAUAAGUAUAAGUCAAUGAAGUUAGAAUUAUAUAAAUCCUUAUGGCAUUUCGAAACAAGUCAAAAUACAUUAGUUCAUAUUAUGCUCUAUUUUAAGCGCAUAAACGUCCUCCUUAAUAUAUCUUUUAAAUUUCGACGAUUUAGUGUAAUUAACAGAUUUAUUCCCAAAAUAUCGCAUGGCAACAGAUAUGCAUUUAUUCCUUCGUGAGAAUACUGCGCAGAUGAUAUUCCGCAGGUACAGCUUGAUUACAGUUUGAAUCGAUAAUAGGGUGGUUCGUAGAAGCUUCUAGAAUUUUAAGCUCCAGCUGCACCUGCGUACCUCCCCUUGGGGUAGAAUUGCCUGAGAACCAUCUGCUUGAUACGCAGUAAAUCGUAAUACGCAUAAUUCAAUAACAAUUUUUAAAUUUCGUUGAAACUGACAAUCGUCGAAAUCCCAAAGUUGUUAUUUGCAUACAUCAAAAGAACAUUGCAGCAAUAAUUACAGAUAUUAUGAAACAACUCCCUCCGACGAAUAGAAAAUAAAAGUUGUUUGCACCAAAGUUUCAUUUUAAAGGGUUAAACCCUGAAGGGUUUAAGGCUAUAAUUAUCUGUACUUUCUAAGGGGUUAAUAUUGUCCGUUUACGCGACAUCCCUUCAAAUAAUUGUUCAAAACAUUGAACAGACAGUUGAUGGAAACGAAAAACUGAAGUUCAUCGAACAAAUUAGGGUUUUACUAACCGAUGUCGAGGAAAUUGCACGUUGUCACGAAAGUCUACUCCUAGGGGAGAUUAUUAAAGUGUAUUGAUUAAUAAUUGGCAAUUGCAAUUACACGUGUAAUUUAGCGAAAUUAAAGUUUCUUUCAACCAAACUGAUUACCAAGCUGAAGUCAUUGAAAGUUUCAUCACAUAGUAGUUUUAUUUUUUAACAAACCUUAUCUAUCAUAUGAGUGAUAGAAUCUUAAUUAAAUAACUAUUUUAAGACAGUGCCUUACUAACCAUAUUUUAUUCGUCCCUGUAUUUGGCCGCAAGUGAUACAGGAACCUUAACCGCUGCGUGUUGACAAAACAAAAUGAAAUAUAAAACACGAGGACGGUUCUCAAGCUACCUGCAACCGCAGCAGAACAUUAGUCGCAUUCCAGUCCAUUUUAAUAUACCAUGUUUAUCUGGAUGAAGGUAUAUUCAUUACUCCUCUUCUCAAUAGGAGCAAUUUUAAUGAAUUAACAUUAUGGAUAAUCUAAAUCUUGCGUGCAUCCCGUCCAAGUGUUGUUAUACAUUCAUAAAAUGGCCGACAAGUGACCCGUAGAAUAAAUAGACUGCGAAUGAUUAAUAUACGUGUGCAGUUUUCUGCAUUCACAUGCAGGAGUGGUGUACGUGACGAAAAGCACGACGCCGUGUAAAAAUGGAAAGCUUUACUCUUUGUUUACUAUGUAGUUGAAGUCCCCAUAUAUAUAUGUAUAGAACUCCAGCGCUGCAACUAUUGAUUACCUGCUGCAUCCGUCUGUAGAACGUUCUCGAGAGGGACCUAGCUGUUCGAACUACGUUUUCCCAAAUUUUCGUUGGAUUUUCCUCUAAUUCUUCCAAACAGCAUCAAUCAAAUACAAUAAUAGAUCUAAAUUAUUACUUUCAAUUUGUCCUCUACUUUUAUAUUAACUCAAGGACGAGUGGUUCAUAUUUGAUUGUUUAAAAAAGCAUUUCUGUACUAAAUACGUAUUACUGCUCGUGACAGCACUUGAUAAGAUAACAAUUUUAGCAGAAUGUGAGCGUUCACAACAAGGUAGACGAACGCUAUAAAUGUCACGAUGCAUCGAGUCGUAUAUAGAGCUAUACAUAUCGCUGCGUACGCCACAUUCAAGCUUCUAAAUUUAUCCCUUGACCUCGUGAUUGCAUAAACCGCAUCGCUAAAUUUACUGUUUUCAAUGCGUAAGCUGCAUAAUCCGAACAUAUUGACGUUGCGCAUCACUUCUCUCUCCAGACAAGCUACAAGUCCACUGCAGAUCCCCGCGCGGAGGCCAGAAGACGUAUGAGGAAAAUCGAUAGAGCUACAGCUGUAGCUGGAAUCCUGUGUUGCGCAAUAAUGUUCAUGUUGCAUAGAAACAACGUAUGUAUGUAGUUUCGGUUUGUCAACGUACGAUAAGACAGCACGAUAAACAACUUAUCGCAGGAUUAAAAACAUGGACGUUGCUUUUCUGUCUCUGGUCAACCGCAUUAACCUCGGAGAAUGUUGACCCCCAGGUUUGCCUGGCCGUGCAUGACUCACGUGUAUUUGUAAACACGAUGUCAUCAGUUGCGUCAUAUCACGACCGCACCUUCGACAUUUUUAAUUUAACAAACUGUUUUUUUCCUGGUGCGGACGGGAUUCGGUAACAGUAUGUAUGUACAUAGAUAUUCCGAAUAAACUGCGCAGCUAUGGAAGCCACGUGUCACGAAAAACUGCGUCGUUACUUCGCGUCCCUUUGGGUAUGGAUUUUGUAGAACAGAUGGGUAACGAUUUUGCACGAUGGGUAUAUGUACAUAACGUUGGCUUUCAUGAAGAUAUUCCGUGGUAUAUACUUUAGCAAUGAUACAAACUCUCCCACUCUUUUGCAAUCUUAUCUGGUGUUAUUAAAAUCCAUAAGAACCAACGGGCAGUUGGUUUCAAGUUAAAUUCUAGUCGAGGAGGUAGGCUAACGCAGCGGGAGAUCUUCUAAAAAUGUCAUCCAUACCAGCGGUUGCCGUAUUGCCAAGGUAAUGAUAGUGAAACGUUUCGUGAGAUAUUCUAGAAACGAACGAGUUCUAGAAAAUUACGCGGAGAAGCGUAUGGGUUGUUAAGGACAACCUUGUUUUGUCCUUGAUGCCAAGAACUAUGCUUUCCCAAGAGGGACCAGCCCUUUCCCCUAAACAUGGCGAUCAAAACAAAGAUACAAAUCAAUGGCGAGGUUGCACUGUUCGUUUAUAACACGCAGAAAACCCAACCGUUUCACUGUUCGGACCAGAGAAAGAGGAAGUUACGGUUGUGUGAGUUAGGUUAUGGUGGGGUCUAUAGGUGGGAGAAUGUGCCAGAAAUCUGGUCGUACCUCCAUCGAUCAAUACUUGGUUUUUCCUUAAUUUUUCCUCGGAACGAUUAAAAAUUGUAUACAUAGCGAUACUAAACGAUAGCUCGUGAAUCGAGGAACAAAAUGGUAUAGGUGGUUGGUGGUUAAACGAUGGAAAAAGUAUGGAAAUUAAUGGUUGAAGUUAAGUGCGCAUUAGAUGCCGGGUACCGGUGCAUGUUCUCGAACCUUCAGCACUGCGACGCCGCAUGCCUAUAAAAGAGGGCCGGCCGGUCUGGCUCGGCGCAUUCGUAAACACAGUUUCGUUCAGUUCGGACGCAGCGAACACCCGAAGACCCACCAACCAGUGAACAUACCUCUACUUCUUUUACGUGGUCCAUGAGGCUGCUGAAACAACCGACGUGAAAAUGUAGACGAGAGGGAUUCGGUGCGGAGCGCGACAGUUUACCUGAACCCUACGGGGUCGGUGCUUGAACAAUCCGUACGCAACCAUAAACUGGUCUGAUUAGAGUUUGAAAUUUCCUCACAUUUCGAACAAUUUGAGAAGAGCACUUCGAGAUACAUGCAAUUAGUUUAGAGCAGACUCGUAGUUUGAGAUCGAGAUUAAUCGUCGGCACACCAUCUUCUCUAAACGCAUACUACUACGAGAGAGAGGGGGCACACACGGAACAGUUGGAAUUGAAACAAUUAAAAAAAAAAGAGCAUACAUAAAAAAA